UUGGAAAAACAAAAAAAAAAUUAAAGAAAAAAUCGAAAAUUAAAUGAAAAUCACAUAAAAUGUGUUCAAAAACGGUCAAUUUGAUCGUCCGUCACUCGGGAAACAACGAUUUUCGCGUUGAAAUCGCCGAAAACCCGGAAAAUCCGCACACACACAAAGUCGAAAAGGAUUCCCGGACAAAUGAAAAUCUCCAGAUAAAUUGCACAAAAUGCCAUGAAAGUAUUCAGCUCAAAGUAUUUUUCGAAAGCAACAACGUCGACGACGUCGAAUCAUUUUGGGCGCCCAAUUCCCCACCUUUUGUCAAAUGCGAGCCCGAAGUCGUGAUAAAAAAGGAAGAAGAUGACUUUGAGAUCCCCAUGGUCGAAGAGGAGGAUGAGGAGCAAGUUUCCGAAGAAGCCGAUGACGAAAACGACGAAGAUUUUACCAUUUCCGACAGCGAAGAUGACCUCCCAAUUGCGAAAUUAACCUCGUCCAGCGUUGUCAAAGAAGGAAAACAAACGCUGUACAAACGAAAAUACGGAAAUCAAGAAGAAAUCAUCACGAAUUACGAUUUAUCGAAGAAAGUUUGCGACAUUUGUGGGUAUAAGAAGCGAACAAAUGCCUCGCUUUGGCAUUUUAUGCGUCACCGCGCGCAUCAUUUCAUCGAAAAAGAGGGAGUUGGCGUCUACAAAUGCAUCGGAUGUCAGAAAAAAUUCGACACUCUCGAUAAAAUUCGGUUUCACACGCGAACCUGUGCUGCUGGCUUGACUCUCGUGACGGAACAGCAAAAGACGGGCACCUUGAAACAACGAAAACCAGCGAUUCAUUGGAAAGAUCGCGUUCCCGAAGGCAUUGUUUUGCCGGAAAAUGUCGAAAAGUUCCCCGUUCCGUUCUACAAAUGCGUCGAUCAGCCCGACGGCAGCAAAAUUUGGAUCGAAAAGUCGCAGUCGACGAAGGGAUUGCGAAUUAGUAACUUCGAUACGCGACUUUUGACAUGCGAUUUGUGCGAAACUACCGUCAAAUAUCGCUCCAUGUACAUCCGACAUCGCAAGUUACAUCUCUUUCAGCAAGAAAAUGACGACAAAUGUCUCGGUUGCGACCAAAUAUUUCCCACUGCAGACGAUCGCGUUGCUCAUACUUACUUCUGCCCGAAAUGGAAAAGUGUGGAUAUCACCAAAUGCAGUGCUUGCGGCUUCGUCUGCGGCGGUUAUCAACAGUUACGAAGUCAUAUUCACAGCAAUCACGGCAAAAAUAAGGAAGCGUACAACACAAAAUCCAAAAUAAUGUGUCACAUUUGCUCCCAGGAGGUGCGUCGCAGUAAAAUGUAUGCCCAUCUCUUGCGUCACGAGCAUCCGGAGGGACGUCCUUACGCUUGCGCUCACUGCGAUCGUCGUUUUUCCGGUCGAAAUAACCUCAAAAUCCAUCUCAUCAAGUUCCAUUUCAAGUCAAUGGCGGAAUAUCAGUGUCACGUGUGCCCCCUUUGCUUCAAGGGGCGCCAAGAAUACGAGAAACACAUGUAUUCGCGUCACAAAAUCGGCAAAAAUCAAAAUGUCACGUGCAAGCUAUGCCAAAAAGUACUCGCGAACGACAGUUCCUUGCAUGCGCAUAACCGCGCGAUGCAUACGGACGCUUCGGAGAAGCAAAAAUUCGAAUGCCCGCAUUGCGAAAAGUUUUUCUUCAAGAAACGCAACUUGGAGGCACACAUUCCAACGCAUCUCCCGGAGAGCGAAAGGCCGUUCAAGUGUUGGUGCGGCCGUGGAUAUGCCACGAGAGACAAAUUGACGAAACAUAAUCUCGAACAUACGGAUCCGACGAAACUUUUGUCCGUUUGCAGCGUUUGCGGGAAGGCUAUGAAGAGUAAACAGUCGUUAAAAGUCCAUAUGCGGAUCCAUACGGGCGAACAGCCGUACGAAUGUAACUUUUGUUCGCGAAAAUUCGCAGAUCGCGGCAAUUAUCGGGUCCAUAUGAAGCAGCACGAGAAGGAGCUGGGACUCAAAUUGACUUUUACGCCCGAAGAACGACGUUUAAUGAAGCUUCACGUCUUAAAACCAGACCAAAUGCUCGAAAAUCCAGGUAGAUCGGGCACCGAGGAAGUCAAUCAAAUCGCAAAAUAUCUCUAAAUCGCACCAAAAUGACUCAUCCGAGACCCGUUUGACGCCAUCUUCCAUUUCAACAGGUACAUUUUUCGUAAUAAAAGCUCGUUCGAAACAUCGAAAAAUCAUCAGUUCAACUAAAAUCACGACGCAAGCAAGAUGUCAGU